UGGAAACAGAGCUCGUGAAAGGUUAGAAGAAUCUAGGAAAGUGAGAAUACACCAAGUCUCAUCCUGUUUCAGAACUUAAAAAGACUCCAUUUGUCCCUUUAAGAAAGUUGGGCAUCUGUCUUUUUUCCCCCUCCUAUGUGGGAUUUAGGGAACCCAAACAAUUCCUUUUCAAUUAAUCUUCUGGACACCACCAUUAAAACCAGUCUCAAUUUGCUUUGAAGCUUUCAAUUAACGCCAGUACUUUACACCAAUUACAGUUCAAUCACCAUUCUUUUAUAUCACCUUUUUCUUUGAAAACCAAGAUUCUUCUGCCUACCAGAAAGUCCACUAAUGGAUUUAGAUGCUCAUAAAGCUAAAAGACCCAGAAGGUUUUCUAACCUGUUUCGCCGGAAGUUUCAUUCUAAACAAUGAUAUACUGGUUUCUCCAUGAUCUGCAGAAGAAAGACAAACACAUCUGCAAAGUUCCAUGAAGUAUAGGAAUCUCCAAAGCUCGAAUUCUGACUGCAACAGUGAAGAAGUUUUGUUAAAUAUCAACGUUUCUGAAGUUAUACCAAUCCUCUAGUCCAACAAGAGAGAAGGAAGAAAUAGAAACUCAAGUAUAUAUAGGAAGUUCAGAAUUUGCAGCUAUUCAACAGAGAACUGCAAGGAGGAUUUUAGAGGUUGCCACUGAUGAAUCCAGUAGCUCAAGAAGACUAUAAGCUGAAAGACACCAAACCUCAACUUGGGGAACGAUGGCCGCAUGGAGUAGUCCGUAGUGGUUGGAUUUGUAGCGAACGAGCCACGAGCACUUACGAUCUUGUUGAGCAGAUGUUUUAUCUGUAUGUUCGUGUGGUGAAAGCCAAAGAUCUUCCCACAAAUCCAGUGACUGGAAGCUGCGACCCCUACAUUGAAGUGAAGGUUGGAAAUUACCGGGGAAAAACAAAGCAUUUUGAGAAGAAAACAAACCCAGAAUGGAAUCAGGUCUUUGCAUUCUCCAAGGACAAGAUUCAGUCCUCAGUGGUCGAAGUGUUUGUCAGAGACAAAGAAAUGGUGGCCAGAGAUGAUUAUGUGGGUAAAGUUAUAUUUGACAUGAAUGAAGUUCCAACAAGGGUGCCACCAGAUAGUCCUCUGGCGCCUCAAUGGUAUAGAUUAGAGAGCAAGUGGGUGGACAGCAAGAUGAAAGGCGAAGUAAUGCUUGCUGUUUGGAUGGGAACUCAAUCCGAUGAAGCUUUUCCGGAAGCCUGGCAUUCUGAUGCUACUUCGGUUUCUGGAGAAGGUGUUUACAGUGUCCGGUCUAAAGUUUAUGUCUCGCCAAAGCUAUGGUAUCUGAGAGUAAAUGUAAUUGAAGCUCAGGAUCUAGAGCCUCAUGACAGAAGCCAAUUGCCUCAGGCUUUUGUCAAGGCUCAUCUUGGAAAUCAGGUGCUCAAGACAAAGUUAUGUCCAACAAAGACAACCAACCCUAUGUGGAAUGAGGAUCUGAUUUUUGUAGCGGCUGAGCCUUUCGAAGAACAGCUGGUGCUCACAGUUGAAAACAAGGCAAGUGGCUCAAAAGACGAGACUAUGGGAAAGAUAAGUUUGCCACUCACCAUCUUUGAAAGGCGCUUGGAUCACCGGCCAGUCCACUCAAGAUGGUUUAACCUGGAAAAAUUUGGGUUCGGAGUUCUGGAGGGAGAUAAGAGGAACGAGCUGAAAUUUUCCAGCAGAAUUCAUCUGAGAGUUUGUCUUGAAGGAGCUUACCAUGUCCUAGACGAAUCAACACUCUACAUAAGUGACCAAAGACCAACUGCUAGGCAGCUUUGGAAGCAGCCAAUUGGAAUCUUUGAAGUUGGAAUCUUGAGUGCUCAAGGGCUUCAAUCAAUGAAGACAAAGGACGGUAAAGGAACAACAGAUGCUUACUGUGUAGCCAAGUAUGGACAAAAAUGGGUAAGAACCAGGACAAUCAUUGAUAGCUUUAAUCCCAAAUGGAACGAGCAAUACACGUGGGAGGUCUACGAUCCUUGCACAGUGAUUACACUGGGAGUUUUUGAUAACUGCCAUUUGGGCGGGAAUGAGAAACCAGGCAGUGGAACUAAGAAUGAUUCGAGGAUUGGUAAGGUAAGAAUCCGACUGUCAACAUUAGAGACUGAUCGAAUCUACACCCACUCUUACCCACUUCUUGUACUGCAACCAUCUGGGGUAAAGAAAAUGGGAGAAUUGCAGUUAGCUUUUCGUUUCACUUGUCUGUCCCUAGCUAAUAUGAUUUACCUCUACUGGCACCCCUUACUGCCAAAGAUGCAUUACUUGCAUCCUUUCACUGUAAACCAGUUAGAUAGCCUCAGAUACCAAGCUAUGAACAUUGUGGCAAUGAGACUCGGUAGAGCAGAGCCACCACUGAGAAAAGAGGUAGUCGAGUACAUGCUUGAUGUGGAUUCUCACAUGUGGAGCAUGCGGAGGAGCAAAGCUAAUUUCUUUCGGAUUGUCUCUCUGUUCUCCGGAGUAAUCACGAUGAGCAAGUGGCUUGGUGAAGUUUGUCACUGGAAGAAUCCAGUGAGCACAAUCCUAGUCCACGUUCUGUUCUUCAUAUUAGUCUGCUACCCGGAACUAAUCCUCCCUACAAUUUUCCUCUACAUGUUUUUGAUUGGGAUAUGGAAUUACCGAUUCCGACCAAGGUAUCCUGCUCACAUGGAUACCAAGCUUUCUUGGGCAGAGGCAGUGCACCCAGAUGAACUAGACGAGGAGUUUGACACUUUUCCUACAUCUAAGCCCCAGGAUGUGGCACGGAUGAGGUAUGACAGGCUAAGGAGUGUUGCGGGGAGGAUUCAGACUGUUGUGGGGGAUAUUGCGACACAAGGGGAAAGAUUUCACGCUCUGCUCAGCUGGCGAGACCCAAGAGCAACCAGCCUAUUCGUGGUUUUUUGCUUCAUCACGGCUGUAGUGCUCUAUGUAACACCGUAGAUUAUUACUUUGGUUGCAGGCUUGUUUUGGCUGCGGCAUCCAAGAUUCAGAAGCAAGCUACCCCCAGCACCCAGCAAUUUCUUCAGAAGGUUACCAUCUCGAGCAGAUAGCAUGCUCUGAUCUGAUGAAUAACAGAUAUACCUCAAAAGGAUUGCUUUUUGUUUUAAUUUCAAGACUUCUGUGCUUUUGAUUGUA